UUCCGUAUAGCCUCUAUUGAAAGCCUUAUUGUUUUGUUUUUUUUUGUCCACAGGCUCCCGACAGAAGACAUUCGGGUUUGAUGUUUUCAGCACCUGUUGUACAAGGAUUUAUGUUGAAUCGAAGCAAGGUAAACUACCAUGAAUAUUUCCCAGUUUGUUUUAUUUUUAAUUUUCGUAUUCACAAUAUGUUUCUGGUGUGGUUAUAUUGUGAAGCAAAAUGAGGAGGCGUUGAUAGAAGAGGUGCGGUCGACCGCAAACUUGACUGGCACGGCUGUGCCUACUCCUGACCUCAGUGAGAAAGCCCUGCAGAAGAUUUUGAAGGAGGACCCUAAAUGGCUGCAGUUAUAUGAACAUCAACCAAAGCACAAACCCAAUUUCACCUACUUGACCUCCGAACAUUCCAAAUGCAGGGAUGAGACGCCUUUUGUUGUCAUUUUCGUUGCAACCCGCCCGAGUGAAGUCGAAGCAAGACUGGCAAUCAGAGCUUCUUGGGCGAGUAAGAAGCAAUGGCACGGGAAAUCCGUUCUCACCUUGUUUCUCAUAGGCAACGAAAGCAGAGAGCAAACAGGAAAAUUAUAUUUAGAACAUCAAGAAUACAGAGAUAUGAUAAUGCAAGACUUCAUAGAUACCUAUAAUAAUCUAACACAUAAAACGAGAAUGGCUUUUCAGUGGCUGCAUGAUUUCUGCCCAAAGGCUCAGUACGUUAUGAAAACUGAUUCGGAUGUGUUUGUUAAUCCUGGCAAUUUGGUCAAUUAUCUGCUCAACUUGAAGGAAGAAUCUUCUCAGACAUUGUUCACAGGCUAUCCGUUGCAAGGUGGUCCCAUCAGAGACAAAAACUACAAAUACUAUCUCUCUUAUGAAGAGUACGCUCUUGAUGUAUUUCCCCUCUAUUGCAGUGGGCUGGGUUAUGUUAUUUCAGGAAAUCUGGCCCUGCAAAUUUACACGAUGAUGUGCCAUGUCAAGCCAUUCCCGAAUGAAGAUGCCUAUGUAGGAGUUUGUUUAAAAUUAUUGGGAGGUCAGGUACAUAUACCUAAUGGCAACCUUUUCUUCAUCCAUAGAAUUGACCUUGCAGACAAAAUUCAGCAUUUGAUUGCAGCCCAUUGGGUGGAUCCUGUAGCCAUGAAACAUUACUGGGAGACACUCCAGAAGACAUAAGAGGAUUUUAUUGAAAAAAAAAAAAAAAACUAAAUUUUAUGUUAAUUUUGUGAUUAAAGUUGAAAUGUUUCUGUAUGAUUUUGUAAUAAAAAUGUAACUAUAUUGCAAUGAUAUCAUUUUGCUAAUGCAAAACUGAAGAGGAAAGUGAGGAAAGCUCAGUUUUAUGUCUGGGUGCUGUGUGGGCCCGCAGUUUGUGUUUCUAUCCAUAUUGAAACCUCAUUUUAGUUACAGUUGCUUGGAUCAUUCUGAUCUUGUCUUGUUGGGCACUUAUCUUUUUCUACUUAAACAAAAAUGUAUUUAGUCCUUUGUAGGGAAGUACAAAAAAAAAAAUAUUGAUAUUACCAGAUAUUGCAUUAUUAGAAGAUAAUAUUGUGUUAUUUAUCAGUAAUUAUUGCAUUGAGAUAAUUAUUGUAUUAUUACGAAAUCAUAUUUCAUUAUUAGGAUAUAUUGUGUUAUUUUGCAAUAAUUAUGGAAUUAUUACAAGAUAAUAUGUUUUUUUGCAAUAAUUGUUGCAUUUAUGGAAGAUGUUACAGAAGUUAAGUGCAGCUGAACAGUGAGAAACUGGGAAGCUUCUCUAUUACAGUUCCCUCUACAUGAAAAAAAUAUUUGCAAUGGUGUCAAUUUGUAAGUCGGAUUUUCUGGUUCAUCAUUAAACACAACCACAUAGGGGCAAUUUACAAGCAAAAACUGAAAAGCGUGACAAUAGAUCUCGCGCUUUUAUGGUCAUGACAGUUCUGCUGCCACGUUUACAUGAGAGUUUAGUCAUCCAAAUGCAAACAACCUCAUUAAUAAAAAAAAUAAUGGGAGGGUUUAUUUAAAUAUCACCAAACGCGCUGAAAAGAGAUGCCGUGAAGGAUAUCAUUCAAAUAACGCAUAAGGAAGAGAAGGUUACCAGAAGCUUACCCCAUCUGUCUAGAAUGCAAAGCAUAUGUUAGUUUAGAAAAGUAAAUG